AUUGCAGCAAGGGACGGUCUGGGGAAUCGUGUGGACCAAACUGUCACCAAACCUGUGGAAUUUUGGCAAAUCUUAGUGGCAGCACUGAUUGCUAUUGUAAUGAAUAAAUGUGUACCGGGUAUUUAGAAAGUUAUUUGACCUUUCAUUACGAUAUUGUUUUUAUAAUCGUGUUACCAAUGCGAAAAUUAAUAAGAUAUGUUCGCUCCCAAUGGAAAGCAAUAUACGAUAGACCAGCAACACGAUUUACCGUGAUCGUUUUAGGAACUGCAUUAGGAGUUGGAACAUACUUCUAUCCUAUUUUGAAAACUAUAAUGAAACCAUACGAUCAUUUGCCAGAAGAACAGCAAUCAUUAUAUGUUACGGAUAAUUUGUACCCUGGUAAGUGCAGAAGAAAGUGAAAGCCUUUUAUUAUUUGGCUGGUUCAUAUUAGUAUAGGUCUUCUGCCUUAAUUUCAUAAUAUUAAAUAUAUAUUUUAAAAAUAUACAUGUCAUUAGUAUUAGUCAUUAGUAAUAUCCAUAGACUAAGAUACUAAGAAAUUAAAUAGGCCUGCCUAGCACUAAGUCUAAGUUGGUAAUCCCUUAUUUUAGUGCGUUUUAUUAUUUAUUUAAAUUCAAAAUACAUUUAUUUGAUAUAAUUUAAUUUCAAUUUUCUUAUAACAUGCCAAUUCUUCUUUGUUUUGAGGGCCUACAAUCAAUGAAUUGAUCAUUCUGGCUCCUAUGUUUCAAUUAUUAAUAUGGGGAGAGAGCGUUUUUUGUAUAGUUUAUUACUAUCAUAGACUAUGACAUAAUUUUUCAAUACCAGUUAGUAGAAAACCUAUGUUACCAUGUUCAUUCAUUGACAUUUAUGUGUACACUAGCACUGGUUGAACCAAAACUAGCCAUUACUGGUGUUGUAAUAACUCACACUAGUCAUACUCAAAGUAGUAUUCACACUAAUUGAGUGACGUCUAGGACAGAAAAAGGUAUAACUUGUAAUGUAAGAAUGUAAGUUGAUGACAAACAAUGAGAUGAUUUGACAUUUGAGCCCAUACCAUGGCUGAGACGAUUGCAGGCAUUAAAUAUUCAGAAUUCAGACAUUAUAUUAUUACUACCGUACCCGUAAUUAAAGUAAGUUUAAAACUCAAGUCUAAAAAAACAACAAAUUGACAAAUUAACAUUUUAUAUCCACAUAUUAGCGCGUGGGCAUGGAGAAAAAAACAUUCAUCCACAUGACCCCCCUCCACAGUGAAAAAUAAGGAUGUAAACUCGAAAACGAUUUCACUUUUUAAAAUUUAAAUACAUUAAUCUAUAUUACUACAACUAGCAUACAUUAAACAAGGAGUCAGGAGUAAUGUCUAUUAACAUCUAAAUUGCUAUAAAAUUUAUCAUUAAAAAAAAAUAAUUCUAUUGAUAAGUGUAAAAAAAAAAAUCCUCAAAAUUUGGCAAACAUUUGACUUUAAAAUUAAACAAGCUAUUUCCAUUUAAAUUUUGCGAUCUAUCUAGUUAUGAAUGAAGUAGUAAACAUGAAUGGGACAAAGAGGGCAGUCACAGUGGGGGCCAAAAUCUUCUUAAUAGGAUCUUACUAGUGAAUUUAAAUAUCAAAUCCCAUAUACUUCAGAAAGACGAGGGGGGGGGGGGGCAAAAAUCGUCUUUUAUACUGAUCCGCCCCGGGGGCACUUUUUAUAUACCGUAUAUAAAGUGGCACCAUUUUCCGGUUUUACAAAGAGGGCAGUCACAGUGGGGGCCAAAAUCUUCUUAAUAGGAUCUUACUAGUGAAUUUAAAUAUCAAAUCCCAUAUACUUCAGAAAGACGAGGGGGGGGGGGGCAAAAAUCGUCUUUUAUACUGAUCCGCCCCGGGGGCACUUUUUAUAUACCGUAUAUGAAGUGGCACCAUUUUCCGGUUUAGCCUCAGGUGCAACAAAAGAAUGGUGAAAACCUAAAUUUGGCAUAAGCGCCCGGAAUCUAAACAUUUUAGGAACCACUGAACUAACACUGAAGAUACAGUGGGCGAAAUUACUGUACCGGUAAUACUUCUACUACAGAGUAAUAUUGAAGCGAUAUCAAGCGAGUUCAUUUGGGAAAAGAAAUGGCAGCAUUAUGAAGAUAAUUUCUACACAACAUUGCGUGAUACUUUUACAGCAUUGGAGAUAUAAAUAUGCUAUUUUUGGACUGUCAGAUGGAGCUGAAACUAUUCAAUGUGCUUGCAUUUGCGGAGGAAUAAAGUAAGACAAAUGUAAAUAAGACAAGCAAGUUGUCGCUGCCAAAAGUAUGGACAAGCCGGACGAUGAGAGGAAAGUACUGACAAAUACGCACGUAAAAAUUAGUACGGACAAGGGUGUUUAAAAUCCAAACUGUCCGUACUAAAUACGGACGUCUGGUAACCCUAGCCCAUGACAGCCACAUUAGAAUUUCAAAUUCUACAAAUAAAGCAUUGGUGUAGUUUAGAUUAUAAAUUACAAUAAUACUUUGCCUGUAGUGCAAUAUAAUCAAAAGGCAAUUGCUAUGCUAGUUCUAGGUUUCACACUUUCUGGCACUGGUAAAACGCAUGAAAAUAAAAUGAAGUUUCGGGUUUGCUUUCUCUUCAUAAAUAUUUAUUAUUAUUUAGUCUUAUUGAAUGACUUGAACCAACAGUAGAGUCAUGUUUGAACUUCAACAUUGGGAUAGCAGUUAAUGAAUCAUGAAAGUGUAUCAUGUUGAAGAUUCUAAUAAUUAUUUGCUGAGUAAAUUUCAUUUCAAAUAUUAACAUCAAGUACCAUAAUUAUCUUUAAAUUAUUUUGUUUUAUAAUAUUUACAUACAAGAUACAAAUUCAUAGUCAUAGAGUAUUUUGAUAAAUACCAGGCGUACAUCAUCAUCAAAUUGAUUUAACAGCUUAUGCACUGGCAAAUUUUAAACAGUGUUUAAGUUUAAAAGUAUGCUAAAUAUUUAUAAAUAAUUUUGGGGCUAUAUCGUGAGCAUAUGAGUAUGACUGAAAAAAGCCUACUGUGCUGGCCAUGUUGAAGUUGUUUUCCUUUCUCGUAAAGUCAUUAAAUGGUAUUUAAAAAAUAAAAGAAACAGAAAAUAGUACCGUAUAAUUAAAUGUAGUAGCCGAUGUGUAUUUUAUAGUCUUUAAAAAUGAUAAACAAAGAACAUAUUUACUUAUCAAUAAAAUCAUUGUAUAUGAUUCAUUUAAAAUAGUUUUGUUUCCUUUGUACAAAGAGGUGCACAAUUCUAAAUUUUAUUGAAUGAUCCAGAUAAACUUCUGAUUCAUAACUAAUUUACUAUUUUCCUACAUAAGAAUACAUACCUUUAAAUUCAAUCAAAUAUUAUUUAUUCUAAUCUAUUUUUUUUUUUUUAAAUGCAUUUUGUUUUUAUAAAUUAUAAGCUCUGAACAAAUGAAUCUGAUAUUUCUUUUUUUUACAUUGUUUUUUAUUUUUAUUUGAUACAUCAGUAUCAGUAUCUGUGUUUAUUUUAGUCUUGCAUAUGAUAUUUUAUCUGAUAUUUUAUUUGAUAACCGAAAUAGAGUAAGGAGUUUUGGUCAUACUAGCAUACUUAGGAGAGUUUGCACAUGGUUAACACAGAAAUAUACCCAUUAUGUGUUAUCAUUCAUAUACUGAUUUAGUUGUGUCUCAAAUUUUCCACUAAUUAUCUUUCUCUUUAAAAAUUUAAAAGUUGGUAUCAGUUACCUUGUGAAGCUCAUUCAGCUUGUGGUUUAUAACAACUUUUUUUUUUGGGCAUCUAAUUUUCUAUUUUACAGUCAAAGUGCGCAAACAAAGAGAACAAGAGUAACACGAAAAAUCAAGCUUAGACUCUGUCAGGAUAUCUUAGCAUUUCAACAUGUCGCCUUCAAUCCUUUGACGCCAUCAGUAGUUGUCAUCAAGCUGUACAGUUGUUACAGUUGCUGGUACAGAUUUUCAAGACUCUACUGUUGUGUUAUCCCAAGAAUUUAUGUGAAGACUGUUAAAAUUCUUGACUGAGUGUCUUGCUAUGUAAAAUGCAAAUUAAAAAUUGGAAUAAUUUGAAGAAAAAACAAAACUUUGCAAAGA